CUACCUUAUACAGAUCAGUCACUGAGAAUAAAGACCAAGUCAUAGAGACACCAUUCUUAAUUGUGUGAAAUUAAACGAUUAACAGAGACCUUUUUCUCUCUUUACAGUGAAUUACUCGGCGUGCAUUUUUAUGCAAGUUUAGGCAGAUACUAGUAUUUUAUCGUGACUUGUUCAAAGCGAAUCUUCCUCGUUUGUGUUCGUAACCAAAAUACCAGAAAGGAAAUUUUAAAAAUUCUAUAUUAACAUCUUUUUCUUUGGGUGAGGAAUAGAAAAACGUCUAAUAAAACAGCUGAUUGUGAAAAAAAAAUCGAAUAUUCGAUAGCCCUUUGUGUAAUAAUACUGUCGUGGUGACGUGGCCAUAUUGGAAACGAACUUUAUUUAUCUCCUAAAUUCAUAAAAAAAAAAUGAUUUUGGACGGAAUUAACACGGAGUCUAUCUCUUCCUCGAACAUGGCUGAGGAAACAAAGACCGAGUUGGUCAAAACAACACAGCCAAAACCAGUGAAAGGAAAUCCCCCAGAUCCAACAAAAAAGAUUUUGGUAAAAGAACACGAAAAAAGACUUAACCCGAAUGCACCUGACACUUACAAUGAAAUAGAUGAUAUCGAAAUGGACGAUGAUAUUGAUGAAGACAGUCUUCCAAAAAUUCCACAAAGUGAAAUUGACGAGGCAGAGAAGAAAUAUACAAAACCGUCAUAACUCGGCAUAAAAUCUUCCAGGAAAAUACUCCGGUGCUAAAGCAUUCAUUCACAUAGUUGGGCAUAUAACAUUUUUUGAUGACAUAAAAAUAAUAUUCAAACUCAUAAUAGAUCUGGGCAGAGCAAUUCAGUGUUCUCAAACAAUUUGAUAACGUCUUUUAAUGUAGUCUUUUCUAUAUAGAGCUUAAUCUAGAAGCUAUUAUUGUUUUAUUUUAUGUUAAUAAAAUUAAUCAAAACAUA